CAAAGAGGGACGCGCGGCCAGGUUGUCAGUUGAUUAGCCGGAUGUGUUGAACAACAAUGCGAACCGAUUUAUCUUCUGUUUUUGGUGAUUUACAGCGGAGGACAUGAUAAAGAUGAGUCCAGUCAGAAGAAGGAACCCCGUCUGGCAAGUUAAAACCAGCAGGUAGUGGGUUCACCUGAAGGAGGAACGACUUCGCACACACAUCCGCCGCUGAGUGAUAUACCUCCAUAAUGAAGCUCCCCAAACUGGCCUUCAUCUUUCUGCUGCUGGGCUGCGUGGUGGUCUACCUCACUUACGUCAAACGGCGUUUUGACAGCAAGGCCUCGCCGUUGUCCAAGCAGCAACUGCUGUAUACGACCAAGGUGGACCAGCAUAAACGGCCAACGUCGGCAGAGGUGAUCAGUGACAAUUUCCAGUAUGGGAUCAUGUUUGAUGCUGGAAGUACUGGUACCAGAAUCCACAUCUUCCAGUUUCAGAUGGAGCCGAAUGAGGCUCCUAAAUUAGCACAUGAGACGUUUAAAGCAAUAAAACCUGGACUUUCUGCAUAUGCGGAUGAUCCAGACAAGUGCAAAGCAGGGCUGUUACAGCUGUUGGAGGUGGCGAAGGAAGUCGUCCCUGCUGGUCUUUGGGCCUCCGCCCCUCUGGCCCUCCGAGCGACCGCAGGACUCAGACUGCUGCCGGGGGAGAAAGCGUCCCACCUACUGGACAAGGUGAAGGAGGUGUUUGGUGAAUCUCCAUUUCUCAGUGGGCCAGAAAGUGUAUCAAUCAUGGAUGGUACAGAUGAAGGGGUCUCUGCUUGGAUCACGGUCAACUUCUUAUUGGGUGGUCUUCACGGAUCCAAAACUCCGACAGUCGGAAUGUUGGAUUUGGGAGGAGGCUCGACCCAGAUCACUUUCUCACCACAAGACGAGAAAACCAUCCAGACGUCACCGAUCGAUUAUGUGACAUCAUUUCAGAUGUUCAACACUAGCCACUCCCUCUACUCACACAGCUACCUGGGUCUGGGUUUGAUGUCGGCCAGACUUGCAGUGCUGGGAGGGAUUGAGGGACAGCCUGCGAGCAAUCAGGAGCUGGUCAGUCCGUGUUUGGCUCCAGAUCAUGCCAGCGAGUGGGAGCAUGCAGAAGUCGUCUACAAGCUGAAGGGCCAAAAAGCAGGAGAGCCUAUUUACGAAUCGUGCCUGAGUAAAGUGGAGAAGAUGAUCUAUAAACGAGUGCGGAAAGCCGAGGAGGUGAAAGACAUGGAGUUCUAUGCCUUCUCCUACUAUUACGACCGCGCUGUGGAUCUGGGCCUCAUCGAUGAGAAGACUGGAGGCUCCAUCAAAGUGAGCAACUACAUUGAAGGUGCCAAAACAGCGUGUAAGAACAUGGAGGCUGGAGCUGGGGACAAUCCUUUCCUCUGUUUAGACCUCACCUACAUCUCAGUGCUGCUGCAGGAGCUGGGUUUCCCUCAGGACAAAGAGUUUAAGCUGGCCAGAAAAAUCAACGAUGUGGAGACUAGCUGGGCUUUGGGAGCCACGUUCUACUACAUGGAGUCUCUCCGUGCACAUUAACCAGUCAGGAAGACCAGCGUGGUGCCAGUGACCGACUGCUGCCUUUAGCCUCGGAAGAACUAACUAAUUUCUGGAUUAGACAGUUCUGUUAAUACAGUGUCCACACAGAGUCGUUGUUCUCUGAUGUCUUAAGAGGGUUGAACAAUAGGAAUCAAAGCACUAACCUGUGGCCAGAUUCACAAAAGUAUCAUAAAAGGAAAGUUCAGCAAGUUUCUGGUUGAGAUGUAAAAGUCAUCAGAGUGGUUUGGUGUGAAAUGGCUCAUUCUAGAGAAACCUACUCAGAUUUCUUCACAGUGGUGGUGAUAGGAACACAAAUAUAGCCAGUUUAUUUACUAUCCAAAACCUCCAGUGAACCUACACAGGUCUUCUGAGUUUUAUAUGGAAUGAUGAUGAUGGUAAAAUAGUGGUAAAUCUGAAAUGGUGACUGUGUGGCCUGUAGGUACGUCUCUGCCAUGAAUGUAUUUUUAAAGAUGUAUGUUUUAGGCCAAUAAUCUUCUCAAAGCCUCCUCAGAACUAUCAUAAAACAAUGUCUUUCUGAGAGGGAGCUUUUAGACUCUUUAAAGGCAUUAAACUCUUCAGACGUCUGGUUCCAUUCACCACCACUGUAAACAAUUCGUUAUGUUUCUCCAGAGCGUUUCACACCAAACCACUCUGAAUGACUUUGUUUAUAUUUUAAACAUUCUAAUAUAAAAAUGUAAGUCUUUUUAAAUGUUUAUUUUUCCUUCAAAUUGUUUCGAAAUUUCUCUUAAGAACAAUUUUAACAGGGUUUAUUCCUGAAAGGGAUGUUCUUAACCUAUUUUCUUAACCUUAUGAUGACCUGACACUUGGUCUUAGAGUGAAAAGUUGACAAAACUGAAGAGAUGAUGAGGUUAAAACCCUCUUGAGAGAAUAUUUGUCAGCUUCGAGGUCGAGGACUGUGUUUAAGAGCAUUCCUAGGAAGCUCUGUGUUUAUCUUACAAUCCUGAGUGUUUUCUGGAAAGCUUUUGUGAAUCUGGCCCAGGAGCUCUUAUUUAUCAUGCAGCUGAGAAUGAGUGCUGAUGUAGGAUCAGCUCCUUUUCUUUCUUUGUAUGUUUGUAGUAGUCCAGUAAUGAUCCUAGGUCAGCACUCUUUCUCUAUUAAGAAACUAGAAUUCAGUGCUGCUUUUCAAGGGAUUGAUUGUUCGAGUAAAUAAUGCAACUAGUUAUAAAAGAAAGCUAGGGUUGCUAGUUAGCAUGAUGCUAAAUAGCAGCAUUACCCUUGUUUCAUUAUUUGCUACUACAGCAUUAUAUUGGAGUUGGAAAAGGCCAGUAUAAAGUCCUCUGAAGGCCAGAAGAAAGGACGAAGCAUCGGAACGCUGAUGCACACACGUACACACAUUGUGCCUGACUGUUGGAAGGAAGCUAAUAAGCGGUGCCAAGCACACAAACUGUAAACAUAUACAAAAGGUACAUUAAUUUUACACACACGAGUCCUGUUCACAAAAUAUACACUCACACUCAAAGGGAAAUUCCAUCGACUUUUCCAAAUUUCUGUAUAAUUCAGUGGUUGAGUUUGAUAUGAAAAAUGGUGCAUUGUAGAGAAACUUAGAUUCCUUCACAGUGAUGAAGAUAGGAACCAGGGUUCUACAUCUGUAUCACAAAAUAUAGCCAUUUUAACUAAUAUCCAAAACCGCCAGUGAACCUACACGUGUCUUCUGAACUUUUAUAUGAAAUAUUGAUGAUAAAAUAGUGGAAAAACUGAAAAAUACUUUUUUUUUUUACCCUGCACAUACCCCUCCACCAGGAAUGACUUUUAAAAUGUUUUAGACCACAGAUAUUGUAAAACAAUAUCUCAUAACCAUUUCAUGUAAUAGCAUUCUAUGGAGGAGCUUUUAAAGGCAUCACACUCUUCAGACAUCUGGUUCCUAUCACCACCACUGUGAACAAUUCUGAGCAAGACCUUUUCACAUCAAACCACUCUGAUUGACUCUGUUUACAUUCUUAACCAUUCAGUUCUUCAUAAAAAAAUUGGUGUAAUUGCCCUUUAACUCGGGACUACUGCACACACAAACACGUCUUUAUGUCACUCCAUGAGCCAGUGCUGUUUUGUACUACUGGUUAUUUGUGCUCUGGGAAAAAAAAAUGUCUGUCUUGAUUGUAAUUGCCAUGUUUGACUUCAUGCAGAAUGUGAGUAACUACAUACCUCUUCCCCUCUGAAUGUCUCUGGUUUUAAACAACCGCUUAGUUUUGUUUAUCUGAAGGAUGGAAUGUGCUGAUUGGGUAACGGUAAGAGUUGAUGUGUGUUUGUAUUUGAUGAAGCAUGCCAUAAUUUACUGUUGGUGUCAUUUUUGGAUUAUAAAACUGAAAUAUUGGGUACA